AUGGAUGAAAACUACGAUCCUGUGCAAAAGUUCUCCAUUAAUGAGAAUCAAUGCAUUGAGUUCAACGUGCUAAGAUUCCGCAGAGGACCACAGAGGGUCGUCGGCGGCGGCGGCGGCGGCGAGGAGGAGGAGGAGGUCCCUCUGAACAGCCAGGAGAUGCGCUGGAGGCCACCGCUGGCCCAGGGCAACGUGCCCUUGGAAUUCACCCUGUCCACAGAGAGGAUUGCAGAGAAAGAUGACGAGAACGCCGAGCGAGGACACUGGUCCAGCAAAACGGACUACCUCCUCUCCAUGGUCGGCUACGCGGUCGGGCUGGGGAAUGUCUGGCGGUUUCCGUACCUGACCUAUCAGAACGGAGGAGGGGCCUUCUUGAUACCGUACGCCAUCAUGCUGGCGCUGGCCGGCUUGCCUUUGUUCUUCCUGGAAUGCUCCCUCGGGCAGUUUGCCAGCUUGGGACCGAUUUCCAUCUGGCGCAUUCUACCCCUUUUACAAGGAGUCGGAGUCACCAUGGUCGUCAUCUCCACGUUUGUGACCAUUUAUUACAACGUCAUCAUCGGCUACAGCCUCUACUACCUGUUUGCCUCUUUCCAAAGUGUGCUCCCUUGGUCAGACUGCGACGAAGCCUGGGCCGAUGAAUUGUGCAGCAAGACCCCGAAAGUGUCGGACUGCAACGCCACCUUGCCUGACGGGACCAUGAUCCAUGCCAAUUACUCUUGGAUUGAGAGCAGGAACCUCACAUGUCUCAAUGACUCCAUCGUGUAUGCAAAAACCCAGGUCCCCAGUGAACAGUACUGGAACAAGAAGGUCCUUCAGCGAACGGCAGGAUUAGAAGACACUGGGGAGGUUGUCUGGUAUUUAGCUCUCUGCCUCCUCCUUUCCUGGCUGAUUGUAGCGAUGGCCUUAUUCAAAGGAAUCAAGUCUUCAGGAAAGGUGGUCUACUUCACCGCCAUCUUCCCCUACGUCGUCCUCAUUAUACUGUUGGUACGAGGGGCCACCCUGGAAGGGGCUCGGGAAGGCAUUGAGUACUACAUCGGAACCCAGUCUAAUUUCACCAAACUUAUGGAAGCAGAGGUCUGGAAAGAUGCGGCAACCCAGAUCUUCUUCUCCCUUUCCGUUGCUUGGGGCGGGUUGGUCGCCCUCUCCUCGUACAACAAAUUCCACAACAACUGCUACUCUGACGCCAUCUUCGUUUGCAUCACGAACUGCCUCACCAGCAUCUUCGCCGGCUUCGCCAUCUUCUCCAUCCUGGGACACAUGGCGUUUCAGGCCAACAAGGAGGUCUCAGAGGUGGUUGAUUCUGGCUUCGACCUGGCCUUUGUCGCCUACCCAGAAGCUCUUUCAAAGCUACCGGUCGCUCCGCUGUGGUCCUUUCUGUUCUUCUUCAUGCUUCUGCUUUUGGGUCUCGACUCUCAAUUUGCCACCAUAGAGACCCUCACGACCACCAUCCAAGAUAUCUACCCGACAUUGAUGAAGAAAAUGAGGAUCCCUGUGACACUGGGUUUGUGCAUGGUGCUGUUCCUCCUGGGACUCGUCUGCGUCACCCAGGCAGGAAUCUACUGGGUCAACCUGGUGGAUCAUUUCUGUGCUGGCUGGGGGAUCCUUUUUGCGGCUGUCCUUGAGCUGGCAGGAAUCUGCUGGAUUUAUGGAGGAAACCGUUUUAUCGAAGACAUCGAGAUGAUGAUUGGGAAGAAAAGCUUCCUCUUCUGGCUGUGGUGGAGAGCAUGCUGGUUCUUCAUCACCCCUUGCCUCCUACUCGCCAUCUUGAUCUGGUCUUUGGUCACCUUUUCGGCUCCUAUGUAUGGCAGCGUCAAAUACCCAACCUGGGGAUCUGCGGUCGGCUGGUGCAUGAUCAUGUCCUGUCUCAUCUGGAUCCCUGUUGUUGCGAUUUACAAGAUAGUGAAAGCCAAAGGCACCUUGUGGCAGCGGAUCGUCACCUGUUGCAAGCCUUUACCCACCUGGGGGCCGACCCUGGAGUCACACCGCGGAGAACGAUAUAAGAACAUGGUGGAUCCGGUCAAGGAGCGAGACCUUGAGAUCCCAACGGUGGACAGCUACGUGUACAAGAUGGAAUGAAGGAGACAACCGGAGGCCGACCCUUUCAUCCCCAGAGACCCCAAAGCUUGGGUUGAUAGACAGAAGCCAUGCUAUUUAUUCUGAGAACUUGUCCAUUUUACUACAAAGCAACAGAAUGACGGAUCCACGGAGCCUGGAGGCAGGUCCCUCAAGCGCCUGUGUCUGCAGAUCUCUCCUCCUGGGUGCAGGAUGCUGUCAAGGGAAGAGCCUUCUGUUUGGUGGGCGAUCAAGAACCCUGUUAAGUACCUAAGGUCAUGAUCCUGAGCACAAAUGUCUGGGCGUAAGUGCCACUGAACUCAAGUGGGGCUUACCCCUGAGUAGACUACCUAUAGAGAGAGGCGUCUGCAAUAUAUGGGUACGGUGCAUAAUUUAUUUCUAUUCCUCGUUUCAAAAUUACGUGGCAUUGCUUAGUUUUGUUUUGCUGCCUUGAAACGCCUCGCCUCAAAAUGGCCAGAAAAAUCUUGACAAUCCCCUUGUCUAUCUCUGGGGAUGGUUUGCACUCCUUCAGGCCUAUCUUCACAGUCAUGAGGACUAGCAGCUUGGCGGUUUCAAAGCGAUUUUACUCCGAUGGUGAAGCUGUGCCCAGUUGUAUGUUUCUUCUCAGAAUGUAGGGUGGCUGGCUGGCCAGCCGAGCAGCUGAUUUUUACGACACUUUAUUCUUCCGCGGCCUUUUAUGUUCAUGGGUCUCCGCACGAGGUCAGAAUACUGUCUCUGUUCUUUUGAGACAUUAUUCUUGUUCCCGCAGAUCCCCCACCCUUUUUUAAUUUAAAUUUUUUAAAAACUAGGGAUAGGGGUACAUAAGGUAAGGGAAAUGGACCAAAAAAAGAGGGGAGAGAAGGAAAACAUCAAAUAUACAGUCCUCAAAUCCUCUUUUUUGCAUUACAAUCUCAAGACUACUUUUUGCCUUUUCUACACGAUGGCCCUUCCAGAUUUUCACUUGCAGUUACCUCUUAGUUUAAUUCUAUCUUUAUCAAGCUCUACCUGCUGACCCAAGCCAUUUAUAUAAGUCCCAUCGUUUAGCUGCCUUUUGUACUGGAUAGUCUUU